UCGCAGUCGCAUGCUAUUCACUCAGAGUGGAAGACGCAAACUGUACUCUCAGAGGGAGAAUCACACAGAUAAAAACCAGAUCUCUGCAGUUUGGUGGAAUAUUUUCAGAAGUGCCCACCUGCCUUGCUCUCUGCAUACAGCGCAGCUCCUGCUCACAAUCCUGCCUUGUAUAUAAGUACAGCUUUCUCCACAUAGGAAAGUUCUUCUGCACUCAGCGCACCUGCCUCCACAUUUCCCACCUGGAAUCCAAGCGAGCUCCUUGCUUGUACCGCUCCUGUGCAGGCUUUGGAAGAUGAUGGUUCGAUCUGCCCCUACUGUCAGGUGGUGGUUUCUUGGCUUUUUGUUCCUUCUUGUCCCCCAACCAGGGACCCCCUGGUACAAGCAUUCAGCCAGCCCCCGAUAUCACACAGUGGGCAGAGCUUCGGGACUUCUGAUUGGGGUCCGGAGGUCCCCCUAUCUAUGGAGAAGACAAAUUACAGGGGACAAUGUUGAAGAGAAGCUGCAGGGAGAAGCUAAGGGCAUGAAGGUGACACAGGGUACAGAAAGGAGCAACUUUCUAGCAGACCCCAGGGAGACCCCCGAAAGAUGGGAGCUAGAGAGGAGCCUUGAGGAGGUGAGAAGAGACCUGCAGGAGAAAGACGAGGUCCAAUGGGACAGAAGAAGCCUUCAGAGUUCAGGGGAACAGAAGCGGAGACUUCAGUCACCAGCCGAAGAUCAGGGUCUUUAUAAAGAGGAAAGAAGCACCUUCCCAGAAGCAGAGGAGCAACGUUCAGCCUUGGACAACUUGCCUCUCUCCAUACCAGAGGAACAGGAGACAGGGAACAUCUUGUCUGGGUACCAACAGAAGGAGGUGCCUAUUCAGGGGGAGUCCAGCCAGUCAUGGACAAGGCAAUCCAGGUCAGAUCCUCAAGCAUGGGACACUGAGAGCAUUCCCUCUGGACCCUGGAAUGUGGACCAGUCCUCCUGUGAUGACUUCAAACUGAAUUUUUACAAGUUCCUCUGUAAAUCCAGCUUCCGCAUUUUGUCUCACGCUCCACUGAAAGCCAGAAGACGGAGAAGUACAACAGACGAACUUGGAGGGCUCCAUUAAAAACACGUUGCUGGACUUGUCGUUGACCAAACUAAUCUC